AUGAUCCUUGGAAUCUUUUUAUAGGAAGUUCGCAUUCAAGCAUCUAUAUCCCGUACGGAAAUUCAACUAUUUGAAAGCCAGUUGGAAGAAGGUGGGUUGUAUGCCAUGUGUAAUUUCACUGUCAAGGCGAAUAAUGGAAAGUGGAGACCGGCAUCACACCCUUUCAGGUUACAAUUCCAUGAAGGAACUAAGGUUAAGUGUCAGGAAUUAAAAGACCAUAAGGACUUUCCCCUACACAUUUAUAAUUUUACUUCUUUCAACGAUAUUCACAACUGCCCUGAUGGAAAAAGUACUACAGAUCUCAUUGGUAAGAGUUUAGUAAUAUAAAAAUACUUAUAUGUAGAACUUUAUAAUAAACACAAAUCAUAUAACUGCAUCUAUAUAUGGUCACCUAAAUGAGUUUCUAUUUCUUAUUUUUAGAUGUAAUUGGUGUGUACAAUCCCCUCGACAAAUUCAGUAAGCAUUAUACCGAUUCAGGAUCAACAUACACUAACUUUUAUAUUCGGGACAUCGAGUUAAGUAUAUCAAAUUGGCCCCGUUUCCAAUUGUAUGUUAUUAAGAUUAUCUAUAUUUAUCUUUCAUUCUCAUUCUUACGCUUAUCUUCUUUCUUUAUAGGAAUAAAAGUCUCUUUUGUACUUUAUGGAAUGUGUAUGUGGACCAGUUUGAGACGUAUUUAUCUCAACCGGGAACAAAUCCAGUUGUUAUCUUGCUACAGAUGUGCCGUAUUAAUCCAAAAUAUGGUUAAUUACAUGCAUCUAUUUCUUAUCAUUGAGACAUUAUUUUUAUUUUUAUAGUUUUUAGUUGAUAAAAACAUAUGCAAAUAUAUGGCUGUUUUAGGCAGAUGUUCCUCAAACGGUGUAGCUACAUCUUACCAUGUGACAAAACUUCUUCUUGAUGCACAUGUCCCAGACAUAGAAGACUUUCGCCUUAGGUAUCUGGAAACCACACGUAACACUUCUCAAGCAAUAAGUCACAGUUCCUCUUUUGGUCCAGUAACCGUUGGUAGCGGUACAGAAAUUGGCUUCACAAUGCCAUUGUCUGAAUUGGAGAAAGCAGUCGAGGUUCGUGGUUGUUGGUUCUAUGGUCAAAUAAGUUCCAUAACAAGCUAUUUCACAUGGGCUUAUCUUGGUUGUAAAAUGACCAAAUGUUAUAAAAAAUUGAGCAAGGCUGGGAAUGGAGAAUUAGUAUGCGACAAGUGUGGGAUUCAAGUUGCUGAUGGAGAGGGUGUUUGGAGAUACAAUUUAAGACUCAAGGCUAACCAUAACAAUAAUUCUGCAAAUUUGGUUUUCUGGGAUGCUGUGAGCAAUCGUUUGAUUGGAAAAUCUGCUGGAGAUUUCCCCAGUCACUAUUAUGACAUGGAGAGGCUAUCACCUUCAGGCUGCCCAGAUGAAAUAAAAGAUUUGGUAGGUCGUGAGUUUGUCUUUAAAGUUGACCGUCAAUCUGGCUCCCCUUUAAACGGAAAGAGUUAUUCAAUUGGUAUGGUCUCAACCGAUCAAGAUAAAAUUGAGGAGCUUAAGUCUGUUGGAGCCAAUCAGUCUGGGAGACAGGACUAUAACUCUGAUGAGGAUCUUGAUUUACUUUUUUCUUCUCCAGUCACAGUUGAAUCUAAUAUAAGUUUGAAGAUGAAGAAAUGUUUGAUGACUCAAUUGAUGUUGACUUGGGUGAAUUUGAAAAUAAUGAUGACAAUGCUGAAUACUUGUGUUUUCAAACACAAGCAUAUGUGGAUCUUGGAGAUGCUACUCAUGAGUGCGAGUAUUGUGGAGCCUUAUUCUGGUAUGCUGAAAGGGUAAAGAGACAUUCUGUCAAGCAACGCCCAAAGUUUUCAAUGUGUUGCAAUCAAGGAAAUGUUGUUCUCCCUAACAUGCAGCAGCCCCCUAAAAUUUUAAAUGACCUCAUUUUUCGCUCUGAGCAUCGAAGUAAGCACUUUCUGGAUAACAUUCGUUCUUACAAUUCUAUGUUUUCGUUCACUUCGAUGGGUGGGAGAACGGAUAGAGAUAUAAAUAGGGGUGGAACACCUCCAAUAUUCAGAUUGAAUGGUCAAAAUUACCACAAGAUCGGUAGUCUUAUACCAAAUGAAGGACAACGUCCCAAAUUCUUACAGAUGUAUUUGACUGAUCCAGAAGAAGAGGU